GCUGCUCGUGAGCACCUGGAUGAGCGGUUGCGAAGCGAAUCUCAAUUCCAUAGGCAACUGUUACAGGCGGAACUUCAGGAGCGCUCCAGUCUCGAGACAGCGCUACAGCGGGAGCUAGACGAUGCUAGAGCUCAAGCCUCUGUUUUGGCGGACCAGGCAGCCGUCGCAGAGCGUGAUAAACAAGCCCGUCGCACUGCAGAGACUGAAGCAGAAGCAAUGCGACAAAACUUGACUCAUGCACAGGUAUAA